AGAAGCGUUGCAGAUGCCUUGUUAACUCUGCAGGCUGCUGCUAACUAGCGGUGCACUUUUAAAAAAUAUAUAUAUAUAUAGUUACAGUAACUAACGUUACCAUAAUUAUAUUCUGUACGCACCCAUGUCAAAAUAUAAGACAUCUGGAUACAAAGGCUCAUAUGACUAUGGCAAAACUGAGGAGCGGGAAGGAAAAAGUUGUGUGCAUUACAAAUGUGGCCUACUCAACACUAUACAGGACGUCCUGCGCCAAAGACCAGGCUGGGUUGAAGUCAAAGAUGAUGGAGAAUGGGACUUCAACUGGUGUGAUGUGGGCUGGCUCAGGGAGAAUUUUGACCAUUCGUACAUGGAGGAACAUGUAAGGAUAAAUCACUUUCGUAACCAUUAUGAGCUGACUCGCAAAAACCUCAUGGUGAAAAACCUUAAAAGAUACCGGAAAAAUCUUGAGAGAGAUGUUGGCCGUAUGGAGGCAUCUAAAUGUGAUUUUUUCCCCUGCACCUUUGCACUACCCAGCGAGUAUCAUCUCUUUGUAGAGGAGUUUAAAAGAAGCCCUGGCAGCACCUGGAUCAUGAAGCCGGUAGCAAAAUCUCAAGGGAAAGGCAUCUUCCUGUUCAGGAAACUGAAAGACAUCAUGGAUUGGAAGAAGGAUGGCACUCGCUCAGAGGAACAGAAGGAUGCAGCUCAAGUGGAAAGCUAUGUGGCUCAGCGCUAUAUAGAGAACCCUUACCUAAUUAAUGGCAGGAAAUUUGAUCUGAGGGUGUAUGUGCUGGUCACAUCAUAUGUUCCCUUGACGGCAUGGCUGUAUCGAGAUGGCUUUGCCCGCUUCUCAAGCACCCGCUUCUCCCUUAGCAGUAUUGAUGACAAGUAUAUGCACCUCACCAAUGUAGCUGUUCAAAAAACAGCCCCUGACUAUGAUCCCGAAAAGGGAUGUAAAUGGCAGAUACAGCAGCUUCGAAGGUAUCUGACUGCAAAGCACGGUAGAGAGACGGUAGAGACCUUGUUUAAAGAGAUGGAUAACAUCUUCGUCCGCAGUCUACAGAGUGUACAAAAGGUCAUUAUAAAUGACAAACACUGCUUUGAGCUCUAUGGGUACGACAUUCUUCUGGAUCAGAACCUCAAACCGUGGUUAAUUGAGGUGAAUGCCUCUCCGUCACACACACCCAGUAGUCAAGAGGAUUACGAGAUGAAGUGCAGACUGCUGGAAGACACUUUGAAUGUUGUUGAUAUGGAGGGAAGGUUGUCUGGCAAGGAGAAACGGGUGGGUGGCUAUGAUCUCAUGUGGAAGGAUGGGCCUGUGUAUAGAGAGGACGUCAACCUAGAAACAUUUGGCAGUUCAUGUUUCACUGCAAACACACACUUAGGGUGUGUGAAUGACAGGGAAAAGCAGCUUCGCCAGCUGCUAAAACCAUUUCCAGGCCAGAAGAGGAUUUAACCAUACUUGUCAUUUUGAUGUCCUGCCACUAUAAUACUUAGUAUGGAAGACUCUGUUGUCAUGGUGGCAUCUGUGUGUCAGGGAGUAGACCGGCUCAGGUGAACACAAAUAACAGAAAUAGAAAUACUUCAUAUGAAAUGACUUCUCAGUGAUGAUCUGAUCAGAUUCUAAGCACCCAAGUUGAAAUCUUAAUAUGCACAUUAAAGUAAAACAUUUUCUAACUACAACAAACCUUGUAAUACUUAAAAUUGCAGUUCAAAUACAUAUACUACUGUACCAUGAAUUGUUUUUCUUAUGAAUGCAGUAAUUAGCAUUUAGUGACCAAAUGAGCAUAACUGUUUAUGUUUGUGCUUUAGCAGUGUAUUCAGUAGUAAAGACAGUUGUGAAUUGUGCAUUGUUUUAAGUGUUCCUAAGAAUGGUAAAUAGACCAAUGCCACUGGAGUGCAAAACAUUUAUUUCUAUGCCUUACAAAUACUUGCAUUCAACAUUGAGAAAAUACAUACACAAUCUUUCUGCGUGCUUGUCAACAUAAUGUACAUUUAUAAUAACAUCACAUCUCCUGGAACCCUACCUAUGGCUUUGAUACUUUACAUGAAUAUUAAGUAAAGAGGUGCAAUCUGGAUGUAUAUCACAUCAUUUACAUUGAUGUAAAGUUCCCAUGAAUCAAAUGCACAUGGUAAAUCACAAGAGACAGAUAAGACACUAAUGUAAACACAGUGUUCUAAAGACUUCAAGUAUGCGGUGGAAAAUGGAGGUGAUAUGUAUAACAUUACCCAUGUUACAGCCUAACAGCUAUGUUUUGAAGUUCUACUGGAUCACAGGACUGACCAAUGGUACAGCACAGUAGAUAUAAGCUUACAUUCUGCUCUUUUACUACAUAUUUCUUUUUUGUGCAUGACAAUGUAAACAUAAUAAUGACAAUGAUAAAUACAAGUCAACCACAACACUUUUCAUAAAUAUAACUAUGGUAUAUAAAAUUUGGAAAAAUAUGCAUUUACAUUCGUAGCAAACAUUACACUGUCUUCAAUGAUAGAAAGAGCUCAGCUCUAUGCAAAAUACAGUAUAUUAUCAUAGACUACAAUUCAAGCUGUUCAAACAUGAAAAGCCCUUGUAACCAAGAAUUUUAAACCAUUGCAAAGUACAUCCGAAACAAAAUACAUUACUGCAGUAUACCGCCAUUUAUUGCGCCUCCUUGUCAGCUAAAGAUGCUAUAACUGAACAUAAAACAUGAGGCACCAAAAAAAAAAAAGAAA